AUGAGUGAUGAUGGAGCGCAGCUGUUCAGGGCGUGUGUAUCAAAUCGACAAAAGGCGGUGCAGCUGUUGACCAGUUGGGACCAUGAACGUAUUCAAGCUGCCGCCCAAUACAAGAAUUUGGAUGGCCAUACAGCACUGCACUGGGCUUGCUUUAACGAUCAUGUCGAGGUGGUGGAGAUGCUGUUGAAGCACGGUGCUGAUGCUAAAGCCAAGACCAACUUUGGCUGGACACCACUGCACUGGGCCUGCCGUGAGGGUCGUGUCGAGGUGGUGGAGAUGCUGUUGGAGCACGGUGUUGAUACUGACGCCAAGACCGACGACGGCCAAACGCCGCUCCAUACAGUCUGCACUCCCAUCUCUGUCAACCGAAAGGUUAUCCGCCAACUCUUGCGGCACGGUGCCGACCCGGAUGCGAGAGAUCUUACGGGUGCACGACCCUUGGAUUUGCUCAUUCGCGGAGACCCCAUCGAGCGGGAGCUAAUUGAAGAACUAUUGGGCGCAAGCCGUACCCCUUGCUCCCAAACUUUGAAUUCCCAAGUUCAAGGCUUGAUUCAUGCGGAGCAGAUGAGACGCCGCAUCGGCUCGCGCGUGGAUCCGCAAUUGUUCAAUCUUCAAGACCUACAAAUGUUUUGUGACUGCCUGGCCGCUCAAGUCACACCUACGAAUUGA